UACUUAUUGGCCUUAAAAAAAGUAAAGUUUUAAUCCCUUCGAAUCUGGACUGUUGAUCAUCAUCGGGACAUAACAAAGGAAAAAAUAAUAAGUGUAGGCCUUCUCAAUUUGUUCAUCUCUCGAAUCACGAAUUUAAUCCCUAGAACAUCGAUACCAAUACGAUUCUCGCUCGUAAUUUUGUUUCUAUGGUGAGAAAAUGUUGUAAUUCAAUUUUCGCCCUUUUUUGUCGAGGCAAAACCCAAACCCUAACCCUAACCCUAAUCGUUUAUACUCGGUUUGUAUUCUGAUUAUUUUGUUUUUCUCCAUUUUAUGGACGCGGAAAAGCUCGUACUGAGCGAAGCAAACCCUAGUGUGAUUGCUUUCCCGCCCGAGCAGCCGCGGGCACUGAUUAGCAUCAACGGUUUCUGUUCCGGUGCCAAGGCAAUGCCCAAUGAGCUUGCUCAGAAGUCUCCGCCUUCCGUUGUCGACAAGUUUAAAGCGCUGUUAAAGCAACGGGACGACGACUUGAGGGUUUCGGCGGAGGACGAGGUUUCGUUGCCAAGAACGGAGGAAAUUGUGCAGCUUUAUGAGUUGGUCUUAUCGGAACUAUCAUUCAAUUCCAAGCCCAUCAUUACGGAUCUUACUAUCGUCGCCGGCGAUCAAAAAGAGCACAGCAAGGGCAUCGCUGAUGCAAUAUGUGCUCGUAUUCUUGAGGUUCCUGUUGAGCAAAAACUGCCUUCAUUAUAUCUUUUGGACAGUAUAGUUAAGAAUAUAGGUCGUGAAUAUAUCAAGUAUUUCUCUUCCCGUCUACCUGAGGUCUUCUGUGAGGCAUACCGACAAGUUCACCCUUCUCAGCAUGCUGCCAUGCGUCACCUCUUUGGCACUUGGUCAUCAGUAUUUCCAUCUUCUGUUCUAAACAAGAUUGAGGAACAACUGCAAUUUUCUCCAUCUGUAAACCAACAAUCAUCAAGAAUGCCUCCGCUGAGAGCUUCAGAAUCUCCUCGACCAACUCAUGGCAUACAUGUAAAUCCAAAGUAUUUGCGUCAGAUGGAACAUUCAGCUGCAGAAAGUCACAUUCAGCAGGCAGGCAUGACUUCAGCUCUGAACAUAUAUGCUCAAAAACCUGGCAUAGGAGCAAUUGGUAGAGAUGAUGAACUUGGUAAAUGGCAGAGAAAACAGUAUCAUAAUCAGAAUCAGCUUGAAAAUUCUGCAGCAUACAAAGUCAGUAAUGGACGCGAGCAUCAAGGACCAAGGGCUUUAAUUGAUGCAUAUGGAAGUGACAACAGAAAAACAACUUUAAGUGAUAGGCCUUUGCAGGUUGAGCGUAUUGAAGCAAAUGGUUUGGACCAUAGGGCUUCUUCAAUGUCGUGGCAACAUACUGAAGAAGAAGAGUUUGACUGGGAAGAUAUGAGUCCAACUUUAGCAGCAGAUCGUGGUAGGACUGGAGAAUUCUUGCCAUCUUUGAGAAGCUUUAAAGCAAGGCCAAAUUUUUUAGCACCAAGAACUACCAAUGUGGAGUCUGAUACCCGGAACAGUUGGUCAAUUCAGGCGCAGCUACCUGCAGCAGAUGAUUCCUCUGUUGCUCUGGAAGAUGCAGUCCCUUCCGUUGGUUUUGGUCGUGGGUUGCCGGGUAAAAUAUCUCGAUUCCAAGAUGAGACAAAUCACAGUCUAGUUCCUCGUUAUCCUCAAGAACACUGGAAUAUGGCUCACCUCUCUCAGACUUCGCAACACCAUUCCAGAGGUAGAGGCCGGAACUUCCAAAUGCCCAUACUUUCAAGUGGAGAUAACAAGUCCCUCUUCAUCGACAAGCUCCCAGAUGCCAAUACACAACUUCAUGGGCCCUCAACUGUAGUUUCAAGAAUGGGUUCUUCUACUAUAGACUCCUUUAAUGGCGAAUCUCGAUCAGUUGCUGCAUCAUCACUGGUGCCAAGGCCUUCAGUACAUAUGCAUAAUCCGAAUGUGCCAAUGCAUCCCGUUUUGCCAUUGCGAAACCAGAAGGUUCCGUAUGAUUUUACUAAUUCAAGCAAUACUCUCAACAAUCAACGCCUAAAUAAGACUUCUUAUGGUUUUGACAACAAGGAGCUGGGUUUAACAAAGCUGCCACAGUUAUCUUACCAGAAUGUUUCUAUUGCUCAUGCAAACCAGCAAAACCAGAUGCAGAAUCCCUUACAACCACAACUUCUUCCAACACAGAAUGGCCGUGAUAGUUUCCUUAACUCUAUGGGUGCUCCUUUGCCACCUCAUUUGGUGAAUCCAAACUUGGAUCGCGGAUACAAUUCACGAGGAUAUGCUGCUGCUGCCAGUACUAAUCUGCCAAACCCUGUACCUCUUGGACAAUUGAACUUACCAUCCAACAAUAUUGUGAAUGGCUCUUUGCAAUUACAGGGUGGAGGCCUACCACCUUUGCCAUCCGGACCCCCUCCUACUUCAUUGCAAGCAAUUCUGCCUUCUCACAAUGCUGGUCCGGCUGUCUCUGGCCAACCACCAGGGAGUGCAUUCUCUGGUUUGAUUGGUUCUCUAAUGGCACAAGGAUUAAUCUCAUUGACAAAACCUACUCCUGUACAGGAACCUGUGGGACUUGAGUUUAAUGUGGACCUUCUUAAGGUGCGUCAUGAAUCUGCAAUAAAUGCUCUCUAUACUGAUCUGCAAAGACAAUGCACAACCUGUGGCCUCCGAUUUAAGAGCCAAGAAGAACACCGUAGUCAUAUGGAUUGGCAUGUGACCAAGAAUCGUAUGUCUAAGAACCGCAAGCAGAAGCCUUCUCGUAAGUGGUUUGUAAGUGCAAGUAUGUGGCUUAGUGGUGCAGAGGCACUGGGCACAGAUGCAGUUCCUGGGUUUUUGCCUGCUGAGACUGUAGUGGAAAAGAAGAGUGACGAAGAAAUGGCAGUUCCUGCUGACGAGGAUCAGAAUACUUGUGCCCUAUGUGGAGAACCUUUUGAAGAGUUCUACAGUGACGAAACUGAGGAAUGGAUGUACAAAGGCGCUGUCUAUUUAAAUGCACUAGAUGUGUCAACAGCAGGCAUUGAUAGAUCUCACUUAGGUCCUAUAGUGCAUGCUAAAUGCAGAUCGGAGUCGAGUAUCAUUCCCCCUGAAAGUUUUGGACAAGAUGAAGGGGGAGCUAUUGAAGAGGGUAGUCAAAGAAAACGAAUGAGGACUUAGUGUAGUUAGGUCAACUUGAUUGUCUUCCUGUAACUUAUUGAGUUUCUUCAUGUUUAUGGUACGCGCUUAACUUGUUUUUACAGUAGUGUUGGAGCUUGCAGUACCAUGGCAUCAUGCCAGAAUCUUGUACAUGUAUAGUUGGAUUUGUACCAUUCACAUUAUCUUGCAGCAAAGGUCAGAUUUUUUUCAA